AUGCUUUUUAUCCUCUCUACCAACUCUCAAAAACCCAAUGAAGACAAGCAGAAGAUAAUCAGACGCCAUGUCAUGCUUGGCAAGAACAAGGGAAAGGCUCGACCCAGCAAGCGCCAGACCCCAAUUGUGUCUUGCAUCUCCGAGAGCGUCGGGCCCCAUGGCAACCCGGUCGUGGCACUGAGCCUGGUGGCCGACAUGUAUCGCUCCUUUAUACCCGCUAGAGUUGGCUCGGACUGCUCCUGCAGCGAACUUGUUGCAGACGUGGAGCCCGGCACCUUCGGAGAUAUCAUGAAAUUUGCCGCCGUUGCGCCCAAGAUACUAUUCCCACUGGCGGUCUUGAUAGGUUUCGAACCUCAGGAUCGCGACUGGUGCGAAGGAUUGACUUACGAUGCCGCUUAUCUGCAUGCAACCAUAUUCUCAGUCGAAGUAUUGGUUGAUAAUAUUAUGGUGCGAAGACAUCAAGAUGUCAACAAGAAUGCGACCCGUCACUUGUUGAAGAGCGUUCAACUUCUUCGAGAGAAAUUGCUCGAAAACGAGGAUGUAUUUGCUUCCGACUCCACAAUGAGAGUGAUCUUGGUUCUGGCAAUCACUGCAUAUUACUUGUGGGACCAUGCGACUGCAAAGAAGCAUAUGAAGGCACUCCGCCAAAUUGUUGACCUGAGAGGUGGCCUGGCCACAUUCAAGGCUAAGAAAAUCUUGCUGACGCUUCUCAAAUGUGACCUUUGUAUCUCGCUGCACACUGGAGUCAAACCAAUCUUCUUCAACGAUCCUUUUCUUGAACCCUAUAUGCCUUAUCCGGAGAAGGAAGUCCUGGCAAUUGGACAGAGCCCUGAAUUCCUCCGGCAUUUGCAGAUGCAAGACGGCUUUCUCCGUGAUGUACACCAUGACUUGGCCGCUUCAUGGCUGGUUCUGCAGAGAUUUUGUUCACUCUCCAAUCUCGCAGCACAGAGCAAUGGGGUACUCCCUACACAACUGCACGUGCAAACUAUGGCUUCGGUGAUGUACAGGCUGCUGGAUUUGAACCAUUUUCAAGCCAGAUCGGUGGACGAAAUGAUUCGACUUGGAAUUUUGGCCUUGACUCACCACAUCUUUCUUCAAUAUCAACAUCUGAAGCUGCCAUACAGCCAUUUCCAGUCCAGACUUGAAAGGAGCCUGGUCAACCUACAACUUUUUGAGAACGCAAACCCUGAAUUGACGCUGUGGACAUUGAUGGUGGCGGCCAUAUCGGUUCCUAACAUGGCCGAGGACGCCUGGUUACUUGAAUCUCUGCGCACACUCGUUCAAAUUUGUAAGAUUACGUCGUGGAGGGAUCUGCGGGGGUUGAUGAAGGCAAUGAUUUGGAUUGAUGUUGUACACGACAAACCGGCGAAAGACAUGUAUGCGAGGGUCGUGUCGGACUACACGCCCAUCAAGGCGAACAGUCGGCUCGCGAACGACGUUGGCUCUGCUCUGACUGAGUGA